AUGAAGGCAUCGAUUUCCAUUAAUGGCUACGAAGUUGAUACCCGUAUUCCCUUGAGCAUCUGUGCAAUUUUUUUAUUUCUUAAUAAACUCUUGCACAGUUGGAUAAUAGAUGAAUUUACCAGAAACGAGCACCGAAUUCCAGAUUUCCAGGAUAUUCCCAGUGUGGAAUUUUAUGAUAUGUCCAAUUAUCAAGGCCACAAAGAUGGUUGGAACCAAAAUAAUAGAAUCUUAAUUUGUGUUCCAUUGAAAGAUGCGAGUAAUGCGUUACCUUUAUUUUUCAAAACUUUAGAAAAAAUGACAUAUCCACAUGAAUUAAUUGAUUUAUCCUUUUUAGUUAGUGAUUCCUCUGAUAAUACAAUGUAUAAUCUACUGAAUAUGUUAAAACGAUUACAAAUUGAUGGCGGUACCUCUGGAAAAUUUGGUAACAUUGAGAUUUAUGAAAAGGAUUUUGGCCAAGUUAUCGGACAGGGAUUUUCUGAUAGACACGGAUUUGCUGCUCAGGGUCCAAGAAGGAAGCUAAUGGGGAAAGCACGUAAUUGGUUAAAUACUGUGGCAAUAAAGCCUUAUCAUUCCUGGGUUUACUGGAGGGAUGUUGAUGUAGAAAUAAUACCAGAAACUAUUUUAGAAGAUUUGAUGCAUCACGAUAAGGAUGUUAUUGUGCCUAAUGUUUGGAGACCAUUACCAGAUUGGCUGGGAAAUAUUCAACCAUAUGAUUUGAAUUCAUGGAAGGAAUCAGAAGCUGGACUGGCAUUGUCUAACAGCUUGGGAGAAGAUGCUGUGAUUGUAGAAGGAUAUCCUGAAUAUGCGACAUGGAGAUCACAUUUAGCAUAUAUGAGAGACCCUAAUGGGGAUCCGGAACGUGAGAUGGAAUUAGACGGUGUUGGUGGUGUUUCCAUUUUAUCCAAAGCCAAUGUCUUUAGAUCAGGAUCACAUUUUCCAGCCUUUUCAUUUAAAAAGCAUGCUGAGACAGAGGCAUUUGGGAAAUUAUCCAAGCAUAUGAAUUUUACCGUUAUUGGACUCCCUAAUUAUGUUGUAUGGCACAUUUAUGAACCAUCGAAGGAGGACCUUCAAUAUAUGGCCAAAUUGGAAGAGAAGGAACGUUUAAAGAGAAACGAUCCAGAUGAGAGAGAAAUAUAUGAAGAAAAAUGGGAUGACAAGUUCAAAUAUGAGGUAACUGAUUGGCAAACUGAAAAACGCUCUAUUUUAUUAGAAUCUAAGAUUAAACCUGAAACGGAAAAACCAAUAGAUUGGUCUGACAACAGUGUUGAUGAUGACAAUGUCCCAUUCUUAGAUCUUGAUCUCGGGUCGGAACCUUUUAGAGCAGAUAUAAUGCAUUUAUAA